CACCCUGCACCAUGCUCAUAGACGACGUGGACGCCCUCAAGUCCUGGCUGGCCAAGUUACUGGAGCCCAUAUGUGAUGCAGACCCAUCAGCCUUAGCAAACUAUGUGGUAGCGUUGGUCAAGAAGGACAAACCUGAGAAAGAACUAAAAGCCUUCUGCGCUGAUCAGCUAGACGUCUUUCUGCAAAAAGAAACGUCAGGUUUUGUGGAUAAGCUUUUUGAAAGCCUGUAUACGAAGAACUACCUGCCUCCGUUGGAAACAGCAAAACCAGAGCCAAAGCCCACUGUUCCAGAUAAAGGGGAGCUAAAAGUAGAGGUAUUUCAAGAGGCAGCAGAAGAAGAGCGAGACGUCCGAAAAAAGAAAUACUCCAGCCCCCAAAAGAUCGUUUCGGAGUCCAGCGAACGAAGGACCCGUGAAAAAAAAAGAGAAGAUGGAAAGUGGAGAGAGUACGACAGAUACUACGAGCGCAGUGAAUUAUACCGAGAUAAGUACGAUUGGAGAAGAGGAAGAAGUAAAAGCCGCAGUAAAAGCCGAGGAUUAAGUCGCAGUCGGAGUCGAAGCCGGGGGAGAAGCAAAGACCGGGAUCCGAACCGAAAUGUUGCAGAGCACAGGGAAAGAUCAAAAUUCAAGAGCGAAAGGAACGAUCUGGAGAGUUCUUACGUCCCUGCGUCGGCCCCACCCAGUAACUCUUCUGAACAGUAUUCCUCCGGGGCCCAGUCUAUCCCCAGCACUGUUACUGUGAUUGCACCUGCUCACCACCCUGAGAACACAACAGAAAGCUGGUCUAAUUACUAUAACAAUCAUAGCUCUUCCAAUUCCUUUGGCAGAAACCCACCACCAAAGAGACGAUGUAGAGAUUACGAUGAAAGAGGCUUUUGUGUACUUGGUGAUCUUUGUCAGUUUGAUCACGGAAAUGAUCCCCUAGUAGUUGAUGAAGUCGCCCUGCCAAGUAUGAUCCCUUUCCCGCCCCCACCCCCCGGACUGCCGCCUCCUCCUCCUCCUGGGAUAUUACUGCCGCCUUUGCCCGGUCCGGGGCCCGGCCCCAGCCCCGGGCCAGUUCCCGGGCCCGGCCCGGGCUCGGGUCAUAAUAUGAGGCUUCCAGUAGCCCAAGGACACGGUCAACCUCCACCUUCUGUUGUGCUUCCCGUACCAAGACCACCUAUCACACAGUCAAGCCUGAUAAAUAAUCGUGACCAGCCCGGAACGAGCGCAGUGCCCAAUAUCGUACCUGUGGGAGCAAGACUACCUCCUCCGUUACCCCAGAACCUACUUUAUACAGUAUCAGAACGUCAGCCCAUGUACUCUCGCGAGCAUGGUGCUGCUGCAUCUGAGCGACUUCAGUUGGGGACCCCGCCUCCUCUCUUGGCAGCUCGCUUGGUGCCUCCUCGCAACCUCAUGGGAUCCUCCAUUGGGUACCAUACCUCAGUUUCCAGCCCUGCCCCUCUCGUCCCAGAUACUUAUGAGCCAGAUGGCUAUAACCCAGAAGCUCCUAGUAUUACCAGUUCUGGUAGAUCUCAGUAUCGGCAAUUCUUUUCAAGAACACAGACACAGCGUCCAAACCUGAUUGGGCUAACAUCUGGCGAUAUGGAUGCAAAUCCAAGAGCUGCUAAUAUUGUGAUUCAGACGGAACCUCCAGCUCCUGUUCCAAUUAACAGCAACAUAACCAGAGUUGUGCUGGAACCUGACAGCCGAAAAAGAGCGAUGAGUAGUUUGGAAGGACCUUUGGCAAAGAAGCCCUGGAUGGGAAAGCAAGGGAAUAAUAACCAGAGUAAGCCUGCAUUCCUGAGAAAGAAUCAGUACACGAACACCAAAUUGGAAGUCAGGAAAAUCCCCCAGGAAUUGAACAACAUCACCAAGCUCAAUGAACACUUCUGCAAAUUUGGAACCAUUGUUAACAUCCAGGUUGCUUUCAAAGGUGAUCCUGAAGCGGCUCUCAUUCAGUACCUCACAAACGACGAAGCCCGGAAAGCCAUUUCAAGCACAGAGGCCGUUUUAAAUAACCGGUUUAUCAGAGUGCUGUGGCACCGAGACAGCAGCGAGCAGCAGUCGCUGCCGCUCGCGUCCCAGCAGCUUCUUCUCCAUCAGCAACAGCAGUCGCCGUCUCUCCCUCACCUGCCCCAGCAGCACCUCCAUCCGCAGCAAGCCCUCGCGUCUCCGUCGCCCCCGUCAGCGGCGCAUGGAGGCGUCCCCAAGGUGAUGGCCAAACCCCAGGGACCGGCGACCUAUGUUCUCAAUAAAGUUCCCAUUAAACAUCGCCUGGGGCCAGCAAGCGGAAACCAGGGGGACGGGACACAUUUGCUGAACCAGUCUGGAAGUGCCGGAGAUGAUUCCCAGACAUUUUCCACUUUGGGUCAUACAAAAAUGGUAUAUAGCUCCACAAACUUGAAGACAACUUCAAAAUCUGGUGCAGGAACCAAAUCCCAUGAUGUACAUGAAGCUCUCAAAAAGAAACAGGAGGCUAUGAAGCUACAACAAGAUAUGAGGAAAAAGAGACAGGAAAUGUUAGAAAAACAAAUUGAAUGCCAAAAGAUGCUAAUAUCCAAGCUGGAGAAAAACAAGAACAUGAAACCGGAAGAAAGGGCAAACAUAAUGAAGACUUUGAAGGAACUAGGGGAGAAGAUUUCACAGCUGAAGGAUGAAUUAAAAACAUCAUCUACAGCCUCUGCCCCAUCAAAAGUGAAGUCUAAGACAGAGGCACAGAAGGAGCUCUUAGAUGCAGAAAUGGACUUCCACAAGAGACUCUCUUCUGGAGAAGAUACAACAGAAUUAAGGAAAAAACUCAAUCAAUUGCAAGUUGAGGCUGCCCGUUUAGGCAUCUUACCCAUAGGACGAGGAAAGACCACGUCUUCUCAAGGCAGAGGACGCGGCCGAGGUCGCGGAGCAAGAGGGAGGGGUUCACUGAACCACAUGGUGGUGGAUCAUCGCCCCAAAGCAUUGACUAUCGCAGGCUUCAUCGAGGAGGAGAAAGAUGAAUUGCUACAGCACUUCUCAAAAUUUGGUGAUAUAGAAGACCUGCAAGAAGAGGACUCCCCUCUAAGUGUAGUUUUAACAUUCAAGUCUCGGUCAGAAGCUGAAAAUGCUGCUAACCAAGGAUCAAAAUUCAAGGACCGUAGAUUGCAGAUAUCAUGGCAUAAACCUAAGGUACCAUCUGUAUCCACAGAAACUGAGGAGGAGGAAGUCAAAGAAGAGGAGACCGAAACCUCGGAUUUGUUUUUGCACGAUGACGACGAUGAAGACGAAGAUGAAUAUGAGUCUCGUUCUUGGCGAAGAUGAGAUCUGAUGGGAGCUGUAUAGUUUUAAGGAUAUUGUUUAGAAGAACAUCUUUUUAAAAUUAUUUAAGGAGUCAAUGAGCCAAAUAUUUCUUUUCUAUUCAGAACACACAGAUUUCAAAACAGCAUGCUGCUGUUGAAACACAUCUCAUAACCACCUGUGAUAUUAAAGUAGCCAAAGGCCUAGUGACUUUCAUGCAGCUCUGAAGAACCACGGGCGUGUUCUGGGUGUUUUCUAGAGCCUUCUUCACCCACCAUCUAUUCUUGUUGCUAUUGACUGUGGAUUGUGAUAUAGAUGACAGGGUGUUUGAAGUUUUAUUUUAUAUUAUAAACUAUUGAUAAAAUGACAUUAAAUAUCGCAGUUGUCUGGAAUCUCCUAAUUCUCAGAUUCAGAGUUUUAGUAUGAAGGGGUGAUCGCACUGUGGGAAAUAUUUUUGACUGAAACCCCUUUUUUCGUUUCGAGAUUCAUCUUGAAAGCAAAUUAUAAUUUGGUUUGUUUUUUUUUUUUUUUUUUUUAACAAGGAGGAGCCUGACACAAAUCAAUCUGAAUUUUUUUCAGGGUUUUUCUAUGCACAUAAAUUGCACAAUACAUGUAUAAUGCUCCACAGUACUCUUUCCAUGUAAAUUCCACCAAAUCCUAUGUUUUUCUCAAACACUUUGUGACACUGAUGAUGGCGUCAUUAGUAUGUUUCCAGUCUUUCACUGUUCAUUCUUUCCCGAACAUCUGUAGGUUCAGACUCAAUUCAGUCAUUUCGCAUAUAAUUUUUUUUUU